AUGGUUUAUGGAAGGAGCAUCGCUGUGGGCGUCUGCCUGAUGACCGUCGUCAUGUUGCUCUCCGCCCUGAUAUUCUACUUGAGUCUGGGACCCUGCCCCUCGGGCAGCUUCGCCUGCGACAAUGGCACCCUCUGCGUUCCCCAGCGUCAGAUGUGCGAUAACCGGCCCGACUGUGCCGAUGGCAGCGAUGAGCAUCCUGUGGAGUGUGGCCUGCUCUACGGCAGCAAGGAGAUUGCCGAUAAAAUUGUGCGUAGUGCUAUUGAAAAGAAACAGCAACAGCAGCUACAACUACAGCAACAGAAUCAGUCGAAUGCGAGCACCGUGGAUGCGUCUCCGCCAGCGGUGACAAGGAAUCAGAGCCAGACAAUGAACUGGACUUGUGGUAUCGUCACAUAUCCGCGGAGCUGCCGGUGUGGCCAGGGCACCACCCUCUAUUGCGGCAUCUAUGCUAAGCUGCGUCGCUGGCCGCGCAUCAGUGUGGAGGUGACCAAUCUGAUCAUCAUCCGCAACAACCUUACCCUAAGGGAACAUGUCUUUGCCAAUCUGACGCGUCUUCAAAAAUUAACCCUUAAGUUCAACAACAUAUCACGAGUACCCCUGGGCAGCUUUGGUGGGUUGUCGCAACUGGAACGCCUCGAGUUAAGUCACAACAAUAUCAGUCAUCUCCCACACGGCCUCUUCGGUGACCUGCACUCCCUCCAGUGGCUCUUCCUGGUCAACAACCAUCUGCACCAUUUUCCCAUGGAGCAACUGAAGUCCGUCCACCGCCUAGAAUGGCUCGUCCUCAGCCGGAAUCGUCUCACUUUGCGCAAUGUGCAGUUGCCGAAUAUUUCCUCGCUUUACGAAGUCUAUUUGGAUUACAAUCGAAUUGAAUACGUUGGCGAGGAAACUUUUUCGCAACUGGAUCAUUUACAUUUGCUGGACCUACAGCACAACAUCAUCAGCCACAUCCAUGGACGGGCGUUUGCGAAUCUGGAAAAUAUUCGGGAUAUCCGCCUUGUCGGCAAUCCCAUUAAGGAAUUAUCUGGAGAAACAUUUCUGCACAACACUCGACUGGAGGCACUCUCCCUUGCCCAGAUGCCGCUUCAUAUCCAUCGCAGCCUGUUGCAGCCCCUCAACAUCUCCUUCCUGAAUCUGACGGGCAUCCGGUACGACCACAUCGACUUUGCUGCCAUCAACGGUAUGCGAAAUCUCACGUAUAUCAUUUACGAUCGCUUCUUCUACUGCUCCAUGACGCCCCGAGUGCGUAUGUGCAAGCCAUCAACAGACGGUGUGAGCUCCUUCAAGGAUCUCCUGACCAAGCCGGUGCUGCGCUACUCUGCCUGGGUAAUGGCCACCCUAACCAUAUCAGGAAACGUGCUGGUCCUCUGGGGGCGCUUCAUCUAUCGGGACGAGAACAUCGCGGUGACCAUGGUCAUUCGGAAUCUGGCUCUGGCCGAUAUGCUAAUGGGAUUCUAUCUUAUCACCAUUGGUAUUCAGGACUACCGAUAUAGGAACGAGUAUUACAAAGUGGUCCUGGACUGGGUCAGCUCUUGGCAAUGCGUAGCCAUUGGCACUCUGGCGGUCAGCUCCUCGGAGGUAUCCAUGUUAAUACUGGCCUUCAUGUCGCUGGAACGCUUCCUGCUCAUUGCGGAUCCCUUUCGCGGACAUCGCAGCAUCAGUGUGCGUAUCAUGUGCUUCUCCCUGUUCUGCAUUUGGCUGACGGGCGUGGGCCUAGCUGUGGCCCCCGUGGUGCUCUGGAAUUCAAGCACCAAGUUCUAUGGCGCUCACUCCGGUACCUGUUUUCCCCUGCACAUACACGAGGCCUAUCCCUUAGGAUGGCAGUACUCGGCGUUUGUCUUCCUGGGUGUCAAUCUGCUGCUGCUCGUGAUGAUCGCCCUGCUCUAUACGGCGCUGUUGAUCUCCAUUUGGCGAACGCGAAGUGCCACGCCACUGUCCCUGCUGGACUGCGAGUUUGCGGUGCGUUUCUUUUUCAUUGUGCUCACGGAUGUGCUCUGCUGGGUGCCCAUCAUAGUCAUGAAAAUCUGGGUGUUCUUCAACUACAAUAUAUCGGACGAUAUAUACGCCUGGCUGGUGGUCUUCGUGCUGCCCCUCAACUCGGCCGUCAAUCCUCUGCUGUAUACCUUCACCACGCCCAAGUAUCGCAAUCAGAUCUUCCUGCGCGGCUGGAAGAAAAUCACCUCACGCAAGCGGGCCGAAACGGCCAAUGGUAAUGCGGGCACGAUCACAACUGGCACGGCGACAGGCUCCUCACAGCAUCCGGAAGAGUCCACCACGAUUGCUAAGGCCAUGCCGCUGGCCCUGACGUUGGCCAACUGAAUGAUGUCCACGGGGAGUUUGAACAUGUAUACCAUCAUCAGA